AUGUCUGGACAUAAUAUCACUUCCAGGGCCUUCCUGCCCAAAACCCUCAACACAAAUCUAUUCAAGGAAGCACCACACAAAGUGGAGGCGGCGCCGGCGUGGCGGCUGCGCAGCGAGCAGUUCCCCAGCAAGCUGUACGCACGGCUUCCGGGCCGCGCCUUCGCCUUCCACCGCGGUCUCUUCCUUUUCUGCUGCCGAACGCCACCGUGCUGCGCCGGCCUACGAGUUUUUAGAAAUCAAUUGCCUAGGAGAAAUGACUUCUACGCCUAUGAGCCACCUUCUGAGGAUCCUCCGCCGGAGACAGGAGAAUCCGUGUGCCUCCAGCUCGAGUUCGGUGCUCAUCUCUGCAGAGUUUGUGGCUGUUUAGGCCCCAAAACAUGCCCCCGAUGUCACAAGGCACGUUACUGCAGCAAGGAGCAUCAGACUUUGGACUGGAGAUUGGGACAUAAGCAGGCUUGUACACAAGAAGAUGAUUUGGACAGUACAGUUCCAGACCACAGCUUCCUUUUUCCAGAAUUUGAAAUUGUAAUAGAAACAGAAGAUGAGAUUAUGCCUGAAGUUGUGGAAAAAGAUGAUGAAUCAGAGAUUAUAGGUAGCAUGGGUGAAGCACCUGAGGAAGAAUUGGAUUCCAUGGCAAAACAUGAAUCUAGGGAAGAUAGAAUUUUCCAGAAGUUUAAAACCAAAAUAUCCCUUGAGCCAGAACAACGUCUCAGAUACGGCAGAGGGAUUGCCCCCAUCUGGAUCUCUUGUGAAACUAUCCCUCAAGAAAAGGAUAUUCCAGAUUGCCCCUGUGGUGCCAAGAGAAUAUUUGAAUUCCACGUCAUGCCUCAUCUGCUCAACUACCUGAAGGCCGACAGACUGGGCAGGAGUGUCGACUGGGGUGUCCUGGCUGUCUUCACCUGUGCUGAAAGCUGUGGCCUGGGCACUGGCUACACAGAGGAAUUUGUUUGGAAGCAAGAUAUAACAGAUACCGCCUAAAGACAACGGUGUGAAGCCUCAAAAUAUUCAUCAUCUCUUAGACCUUCUAAUUCCAUUUCUAGGACUUUAUCCUAAGGAAAUAAUUAUACCAGAGAUACACAAAGAUGUUGUUUUAGGUGUUGUGUAUCUGUCCAGCAGGAGGCUACACAGUCUUAAUGAUACAGACUUAUAUGUACAUCAAGUAAGAUAAAGAUGCCAAGGUACCAUUGUAGAUGGUAUUCAUAG